ACAAAAAACAAACUCUUCUUCUUCUUCUUCUUCUUCCCUGCGAGAGAAAGGAAAAAAAAAAAAAAAAAACCAGAGAGAUAGAGAUUAGAGAUUCUUCGGUCGUGUGCAGUGCGAAGGCUAGUUCGAGAUUCGGGAGCUGUGGUUUCGGGGAUUGGAAUUGACGCGCCGGAUUCUGUCUCCUCCUCCUCCUCCUUCUUCUCUGGCGUUGGCUUGCGAUGGUUCAUCUUCCUGGAAUGGCGGAAUCGUGCGGGAAGGGGAAGGUCAAGUUCGAGGUCGACGACCGGGUCGAUCGGGACGAUCUCGCCCACUCCGACAAGCGGCCGAAGCUCAGCUUCUCUCUGCAGGGUGAUUUAGUUGGUGGCGAUAUAUUCGGAAUCCCACCAGAAGUGUACAAUCCGCUGAAUGAGCCUAGCCCGCUGGGUUUGCGGCUUAAGAAAAGUGAAUCCUUUGUGGAGUUGGUUCAAAUGAAGCUCUCUCAAGAACCCACUCUGAUAUCAUCCACUUCAGGCAAUAAAACUCACAAAGGCGUUGCUGCCGAUAAGCUCAAGGCCUCCAAUUUCCCUGCUUCAGUUCUCAAAAUUGGCGCGUGGGAGUAUAGGUCAAGAUAUGAGGGUGACUUGGUGGCGAAAUGCUACUUUGCAAAGCAUAAACUCGUUUGGGAAGUUCUUGACGGUGCUCUUAAGAAUAAGAUCGAAAUUCAGUGGUCGGACAUCGUGGCCGUCAAGGCAAAUUAUUCUAUGGAAGGAAACGAUAAUCUAGGCGUAGUGCUGGCAAGACAGCCUCUUUUCUUUAGGGAGACAAAUCCACAACCUCGGAAGCAUACAUUGUGGCAGCCAACAUCGGAUUUUACCAAUGGACAAGCGAGCAUACACAGGCACCAUUUUCUGCAGUGCCCGCAAGGACUACUUGGGAGGCACUUUGAAAAGCUCAUUCAAUGCGAUCCACGUCUCCAUUUUCUUAGUCAACAACCAGAGAUAGCAGUGGAUUCUCCAUAUUUUGAUACCAAAUUUUCUUUGUUGGACAAGAAUGGACCAAAUUUCCCUGGGCUAAGUGUGGAAGCAUCUUCCUUGUUUGCUAUGGGUCAUGUCACUUCACCUCCUGCAAGCCAAUUGUGUCCAAGAAAGAGUGAACAGCAGGAUUUUGUUGGUACAGCUCCUGAUAAUUUCCUGUGGACCACAUCUUCCCCCAGCUCUGUGGUCGAUGGCUGUGCUGUCGAAGAAAUUGGGAAGGCACAGAAACUAUGCAGCCAGAUAAAAGUACCUGGUUUCCACAGCUCAAUGUCGGUGAGUGACUUGGUCAGUCACAUUGGCAAUUGCAUUACAGAACGAAGGGCAGCUGGGGAUCCACUCUUAUCUGCUGAGGAACUACAGAGCACGGAUGUUAUGGAGGAUUUAACCAGAUACUUAUUUAGUGACUCGCAAGUUUCGGCCUCGGAUGAACGGGCUUUCUUGUCGAGGGUCAAUUCGCUUUGCAGUCUUCUCCAGAAAGAUGAUUCAACCGCAGGACAUCUGCAAACCACAGAAAAACAUAACGACAUGGAUGUGCAAAAUGACAGCACUGCUCCUGCACGUGAGGUUGCAAUUACUGAGGAACGAUGUGGAUCGGGGGCUGAGCCGAAGAAUGAGUUGACACGUCCCAAGAGACAGGUGAUGCUGAGAAACGAAUCUGUGGGUGAACUGCUGCUUAAUCUUCCAAAAAUAGCCUCUCUACCUCAUAUCCUGUUGGAGGAUUUUAAAAAUCAAAGUAGAUAAGAGUUGCCAGGCAUGAUCUCCAGUUUUUAGGAUUCUGAGAUUUAGAAUUGAUGAAGAAUCCGGACGUUAAUCUUCAUGUCCAGAAAUAGGGAGCCUAGACCUUACUUCUUUUUUUUUAAAAUUGGGUCCUACCUUUCGGCCUCCGAACCUGAUUGCUUAUCUGUGUAUGGUUAGAGAAGUGCUGGAUUUUUGGGGCAAUUAUGAAAGUUUUCCAUUUUGAAGUUUGAUUGGAUUUUAA